AUCCGAAACGCGUCCCCUUAUCGCACUUAUCACCGAACAUAUGACCGCUCAGUAAACAGUCCUAACGCCCACGUUCGUUAAGGCUCAUUUUCGGAUGGCCGCAGUCCUUAAGGAGGAUUUCAAAAAUUGUUUAACAAUUGUUGCAACAAUGAUUUUCAUACAGUUGGAACAUGUUGAUGGUACCGCAAAAUAUUGUCGCAGAUUCCAUAAUAUUGCGGGAUCCGUUGGAGGAAAUGGGCUCCAGGUCCAGCCUCAGCAGGGAAAAUGAAACUGAAGCUGAUCAUUGGGAGAUGAAUUAUCAUGAGGCUUCGAUUUUUUUAGAGGAAGGGGGCAACAACGAAAAAUUCGAUUCCCAUCCGAGACACCCGUCAGCACUUCCACCGUACUUACUCGUGCACAACUCAUGGUACUACGGACUGGACCUCACAUUCUCCAUAGUCCUCAUACUUUUGGCCCUGGUUGAAAAACCAUCGGUUGAAAACUUCGAGUUGCCGGUCGCCGUGCACUCGACCAUCGAGCUAGUGUCUCUGGGCGUCAUCGCCAUCGAGCUGGCCCUGAAACUGAGAUGGAUCGGCUGGACCACCAUAUUCAAUCACAAGAGGACAAUGAUAAAGUGCAUUACGCUUGUAAUAAUGUUGGUGGAAGCAAUAACAGUUUUAAUAAGACAAUCGACGCAUUUUCGUGUGACCAGAUCGCUGAGGCCAAUUUUUUUGGUUGACACCAGAGCCUGCGGCUCUGUGAGAAGAUACUUAAGGCAAAUUUUGCAAUCUUUGCCUCCUAUUUUGGACAUGCUAAUACUCAUAUUGUUUAUUGUUUGUUGUUAUGCCUUGUUGGGGUAUUUUCUAUUUGGGAACAAUCCCAAAAAUCUAUAUUUUCAAACUUUAGGCGACAGUUUUGUUAGUAUGUUCGUGUUGUUAACGACAGCCAAUUUUCCAGACGUCAUGAUGCCCUCUUAUGCCAAAUCAAAGUGGUACUCUAUCUUCUUUAUUUCGUACAUAUCCAUAGUUUUGUACAUAAUCAUGAACUUGAUGUUGGCCGUCGUCUACGAGACAUUCACGGCCGUAGAGAAAAACAAAUUUCGCAAGCUCCUGUUGCAUAAGAGGCAGGCGUGCAAACUAGCAUUUAGGCUACUGGUCAGCAGACAAACGCCGGACGGAAUCAAGUUCAAGCAGUUCCACGGCUUGAUGAAGUACUACUGUCCGCAAUCAAGCUUAAGAGAUGUGGUGCUCAUAUUCCGGUACUUAAACAAGUCAGAAACUGGCUAUUUAUCCGAGGAGGAGUUCUUGAACGUGUUCGACGCCGUGAGUCUCAGGUGGUACCCCAAAGACAUGACCGAUCCGUGGUUUUCGGCAGCCUGGCCGCCACUUAGGGCCCUGUGCAGGACCACGAGGGUCAUCAUCAGUUGGCCCCACUUUGAAAACAUUAUUUAUUUGUUGAUUGUUUGCAAUGGAGUCGCCAUGCUGGCGAGGGUACUGGAGCCGACGCCCAACUUGGAAGACAAGGCGAGGGAGUUUUGUGCCUCCUGGGACACAUUCCUCUUCCUAGCACUUUUCUUCGUGGAAGCCCUGAUGAAAAUCAUUGGGUUGGGCUGGGCUGAAUACAUUUCUUCUGGGUGGAACUUCUUCGACUUGUCGGCGUCGCUUUUGGCCCUAGGCGGAGCCCUGUUAAUUCUGGCCAAGCCAGCUUACACGUUCGUGGUGAUCCUCAGACCUAUUAGGUUGUUGAGGGUGUUCAAACUUAAGAAGCGUUACAGGGAUAUAUUCGGUACUUUGGUGCUGUUGUCGCCUUUGAUGUGCAAGACUGCUAUUGUCAUGCUUGUUAUGUACUACUUCUUUGCUAUAAUCGGCAUGGAACUAUUUGCGGACGUACCCUUAAAAAACUGCUGCGUAAAUACAACAGUGGAAGACUUCUACCACUUCACCCAAAAUACAACAAACAGCGGAAUUUACUAUUACUAUCUGAACAACUUUUCAAAUUUGUUGACCUCAGGCGUGACCCUUUUCGAACUGACGGUGGUCAACAACUGGUUCAUUAUUAUGGACGCGUACGCCUCAGAAUUUUCCCCCUAUUCCAGAUUGUUCUUCAUGUUGUUUUACCUAUUGACUAUGGUGGUGGUGACCAUAGUCGUGGCUUCGGUGCUGGAGGCCUUCAGGUUCAGGAUCCAGUACAAGAAACAGACUUCAAAACGUGACGAGGAGAUGAUGUUGCACGAGAAAAUCAUCCUCGACUGGCACUACAUGCAGAGGCUCAUUCAAGACGCCCACAUGUUGGAUGCUGCGAGGAAAGAAUUCGCCUUUGUUGAUGUGUGUGCGUAUAUUGGGAAGCGUCGCAGGACAAGGGAUGUUUUGGAACGUCACAUGUAUGCGACCGAAAUUAACCAAUGGUUGGAGGAUGCCAAGAACGACGAUGUUGGGCAUUUGAACGCCCUCAUUGAGGAGGAGGCGCAGCAAAUCAACGUAAAUUCGGAACAUCUACGGAUCAACUAACUGGGGAUUAACGCUACGGCCCUUAACAUAUAGAUAAAUUAUUUAUUUUUGGCUAAACAACGUGCCAAUUAAUUUAGAUAUGGCCGUACUGUCCUCUUGAAAUAUUAGGUGCAAUUAUUUUUAGAGUAAUUUAUAAAAGGAUUAACUUGCCCAUACAAGUAUUUAAGUCAAUUAUUUUUAUUUUAUUCGUAGUCAAUCUAAUAGUUGUUUUACACGCGCCAAUUUAUUGUAAAAUUUUAAAUUUAUACUACCAACUUAAGAACAAAAUUUGUUUACAAACGUACACGUGUUGCAUAUACUAAAAUAUCCUAACCUAUAAAUAAAUAUGUUGCCCACCCUGGUAAAAAAUGUUUACCUACAAAUUGAACAGUAAAUUAAUGUGUGUAAAAUAAUUUCUGAGCACAAAUUUAUAUGAUGGAUUAUUUUAUUGUGAUACAUUUUUAUUUAUUUCAUUUCCAUGUAACUAAAGCACUAAUUGUAAGUGAUAACCAACAGAGAUUUUAGCUAUUAAUUAGUACCAAAACCUUUAUAUUAACUGAGCUUAAAAAAUUGUAUUAUAGAGAAUUUAGUAACUUAGUGUUAUGUAUACUAAAAAAGAUAGUAUUUAGCUCGUUAAAUAUAUUUUUACCAAAUGACCAUCAAGCAUGUUACCAUUGCAGGAAAUAUAUAAUUUUAUUGUUACCUUUUUGGUUCAAAAUGUAGGAGUGAAUAAUUGUAAAUUGUGAUAUAAUUUAUGGUAAGUUCAUUUACAUUUGUAGUAUACAUUAAUUUAUUAACAGUAAUAAACGUUUUUUUGUAAAUAA